AACAUUGAACUGAUUGCGGACAGUUGAAGUGUACGAAAAUGGCAUUCUACGGGAAAAACUUCAAGAAAACCAAGUAUGAAAACAUUGAUCAGCUCUUGGACGCAUUUAAGGCCGCCGACAACAUCCGUGCCUUAGUCAAGACCACCGGCAGCAUUUCCCGUUUCGAAAAAAACGCCGACGGAUCCAUUCAGUACAUCGUUUCCAAAGAUGGCCAGGAACGCUUAAACCUGAAGAUGACUCCAGGUGCAGAGGUCGACUUCACGACUCCUGACGGCAAAAAUACUAAAAUUAGCUGUCAGACUAAAGAUGAUGGUGUGCUGUCGGUAAUGACUUUCCCUGAUGGCGUUAAGCUUCAUAUGGACAGGGUGUUUGAUGGCAAUAACAUGAAGCUUAUCAUUUAUAAAGAUGGCUCCGACCAGAAAGGUACUGUCUUCUACGAGCAGGUUUAAAUAGUUUAAAGCAAAUAUAAUUCAAAUAACAUCGAGUGGCGUGACGAAACUGGCGAAUGAUGCGGUGAACAGCGAACGCGAAUGUUAACGCACA